UUGGGGGCUGACAUAUAUUGCUCAUUCACCCACGUCACUGCUGCCUGCGACAAACUGUAGUGUAAGCGCUCAUUGAACCAUCAGCUGAUGCUACACCUUUUCAGCACCGCGGACAGCUCUGUUCUGCAUACCGAGCAGAUGGCGUCGGUUAUAAAAGCCCGCAUGAAGAGACCCUGCAACGGAGAUUCACCAGGACAGCAUGAGUCACGGCAUGGAUAACACAUUCAGCUCUCCGCACAGGCUUAUUCCAGAUGAGUAUUCACAAUACAAACCGAAACGAUCACCAUUAGAUACCAGUGUCGUGUUAAGAGGGACGUCCACGGGCAUGAAUUUGACCAACCCGUCAUUAGGAAAGUUCAAUGAGAAGGAAUUGAUGCACGGCCUGAACGAUCGCCUUGCAGGAUUCAUAGAGAAGGUGCACCAUCUGGAGUACCAGAAUCAGCUGCUGGAGAGGGAGAUCGAGGAGAUCAGAGGGAAAGCGAAACCCGCAUCUUGUUUGGAGGAAGAGUAUGGACCCGAGCUCAGGAAACUGAGACAGCUGGUUCAGGAUAUUACUAAUCAGAAGCACCAGAUUGAAAUCGAGCAUGCGAAUCUAGAGGACGAGCUGUCCAACUUGAGAAGACAGCAUGAACGGGAGGCGCGGAGCAGAUCAGAUGCUGAGAGCAACAUCGUGGUCCUUAAAAAGGACAUCAGUGACGCGUAUCAGGCUAAACUACAGCUGGACAAGAAAGCGCAGGCUCUUGUGGAUGAAAUCCACUUCCUGAAGAGAAACCAUGAAGCCGAGGUGUCUGAGAUGUUUGAGCAAAUCCAGGAUGCGCAGGUGACCGUUAAGGCGCAUGAAUUUGGCAACCCUGGCGUCACUGCGGCACUACGGGACAUCAGGGCUCAACUGGAAGGUCAUGCCUUGUCCGACUUACAGCAGGUCGGAGAAACUUUCCAAUCUCAGUUUGCAAGACUCACAGAGGCAGCUGAAAUCAAGAGGGAGGCAUUAAAAGCGACCCAGCAAGAGAUUCAGGAGUACAGGAGGCGCCUGCAGGCCAAGAACGUAGAACUGGACUGCGCUACAGGCACCAAGGAAGCUCUGGAGAGGCAACUUCAUGAUGUCGAGGAUCGCCACAAGGAGGAAAUGAUCCAUUACCAGAACACAAUCAAAGAACUUGAAAAUGAACUCAUAAACUGCAAAUUUGACAUGUCCGGUUACCUGCGGGAAUACCAAGACCUGUUAAAUGUGAAGAUGGCUUUGGAUGUAGAGAUACUCUCUUACAGGAAACUUCUCUGCGGUGAAGAGGCUCGUCUCUCCACAAUGUCAGAGUCCCACAUCUCCUUGCCCUACAUCUACCACCAGUCUCCCGUUUACACCCUGCCUUGCCUCAGCCGCCCAGGAGGCCCGCACAGGCGGGCUGAGCCUCAGUACAAGUUUGUAGAGGAGAUCAUAACAGAGACCACAAGGGAAAUUGAGAUGUCAGAGUUUGAGGAGACAGGAUCGGAGGAGACAGAGGUGGGAAAAGAUGAGCAGGAGUGUAGCAAAAGAGAUAAAGAGGAAAGUGAGGAAGAGGCAGGUAAUAAAGACGGUGGAGAGGAAGGUGGUGAGCAGAUGUCUGAUAGUGAGCAGAAUCAAGUAGAAGCGGUAGAAAGUUUGGUGGAUGAUGGGAGUCCUGGUGCUGUGGAUGAGGGUGAAAAUGGUCAGAAAAGUAAAGAAGAGUCAGAGGAGACUGAAGCAGUUGACAAUGACGUGGACAGUGGCAAAGAUGAAGAUACUCAAAGCAAAGUUUUAUUAAGUGAGAGCCUUGAUGUGCAAGAAAAUGAGCAAGAUCAAAAAGUAGCUGAGAGCGCAAAAGAAGAGAAAGAAGUUGUAGUGCCAGUGGUAGCAGUUCAGAAAGAUCUCUCUUCAAAAACAGACGAUUCAAAGCCAGAGGUCCCUGUGGAGGAGGAACUAAAAAAAUUUGAUGGUGGUAAAACAGGAGAUGCUGAGAAAGAUAAUUUGAUCUCAGCUCAAGCGAAGGAGCCUGCUGACGAGACCUCGUCCCAAGUGUCCAAAGAGUCAGACAAAACUCAAGCACUAAGCAGUGUUGAUGAGGUUCUCACUUUGGUUUCAGAUACCGGUGAGAAAACCACAGAUUUUACAGCAGAGACAAAGAGUGCUCUAUCCGUAGAGACAGCGGAGCUUUCAGAAAAGGCUCAAGUAUCGUCAGGUACAACACCAAAGUGUGAGGAAAAGGAAAACAGUCAUACAAAGCCAAAGGAAAUGAGUAAAUCCGAAGCUGCAAAAGGUGAGGAUAAAGUAGCAAAAAGCACUGAAGGUGCCAAACAUGAUAGCAAUAAUGGCCAAGAGAAAGAGUCGUCUCUUAAAUCUAAUGCAAAAAGUCCUCCUGAAGUGGAGGAUCAGAAGCCAAUGAGUGGUGAUAAACCUCAACCAGUCCAAACUGAGUUGCCAAAGGAGAAGACGGCUGCCAAUGCAGAAAUCAAACAGUUACAUCAGGGGGAAUCUGAAAGCAGCCAGGUCCAGAAAUCAAAGGUGUCUGAAGUUUCAGGGAAAAUAAAUGAUCCUCAAGGUAAAACUGAAGUGGAGAGCGAGAAAUGAGAGGAAAAUGCACAAACUGUAGGGAGGUAUCUGCUGAGGGAGAGGAGGCGAGGAUAAACAUUUCCACCUUAAAUCUAACUUGACAGGCAAAUAUCAGGGAUAGUGAAGCAGAAAAACAGAGUACGGCUUAACUAAUACAGAUGCAAAUGUAAGGCACAAGCUGAGCCAAGCAAUGAGAGGAAAACUCAAAGCUGUAAUUUCUCUUCAGAAUGACCAUUUUAAAAGAAGAGAGCAUGAUUCUUCUGAUGUUUGCAGCAGCUUUGCCUUUGAACUUGAAAUCCACUUGUGAUGUAUUCAAAUCUUUUGACUUGACUAAUGUAAUCAUGAAUGUAAAGGAUGCAGAGUUACAUUUGCUUUGGUAUGUGCUGACAAACAAUAAAUGCAAUAUGAAAAAGCCUCUGAACAUUUUGUUGAUG